AUGGACGUAGCAAGGGAAUACCUCCAAGAUUCAUUGAAUACAUCACUACACACUACAAGCACUCUACGGCCGUCAGAAGUACCAGAAAUGAUGACACCCACACAGAUCGAUCCACAAUCCUCAUCUUCAUACACUCUCGCAAAUGACCAAAGCGUCCUCAGCAGAAAUGUGGAUCAGUGGAUAAGGGGUAAUCUUUCUCCCACAGAAAAUACUGGGGUUCAAGGAAGCAGAGUGGCAACAGUACAGCGGUCAACUCUAGCGACUUCUGCAAUAGAUGGCUCAAGUUUCUGGUACAUGCUCAUUAUGAUGCUGCCACUCUUCAACUCCAACAGAGUGCAGUGGAGAUGCACACCCAGCACAAUCUUGUACACAGCCGAGUUAUUCCUAAUGAAAGUGGGCAGACUGUGCAGCCUCCUUGGAUACAGGAUGCGACGCCUCGCACAGAGACAACUAUCCCGAGAUGUCUUCGCAACAGCUAUGGACAUAGUGCUUGUUAUAUACGCGAUAGGUUUUCUAAUUUUAUCUAUGUACCAAAAUUCUUUUACAGGUGUU